AUGACCGCCUGGCAUCCGCUACCUUCGUUGGUCUAUGCCAAAGUCGUUAGACCGUUUCUUCCUCUAAAUGGCGGCGAUGAUUCCUCCGAAGUGACAAGACGUCGUCUGGCAAAGUGUGUCCGAAACGUUUAUCCUGGAGACCAUGUGUAUUUAUUUGAGGCGGCGGGGCUUGAUGCCGCGGGCCUCGACGAGUUGGCCGCAAAACCCACCUCCUCCGAAACCUCCGCCAAAGCCUCAACCACCGACACCUUCGGUCGCGGCUAUGUCAUCUCUCAACCAGUUCCAUCCGACUUCUCCUCCGCAGUCUCUGAUCUCUCCAGAUUACCCGAAAACAGAAUCUCUGUCUCAAUCGUUCCUUUCAGUUGUCUAAAAGUAGAAGAGUUGGAGCGGCCCGACUCUCCCAAGACCGCAGACAUGACCGCCAGCGCUUCUAUAUCGUCCAAUUCUCUCUCCGCCGACGACACCAGAAAUUUGAUAGUGGAUGAUACCGCCGAUCUUGACUCGAUGAGUUCGUUCAGUUCCGCGGAGAGUGCGAAACCAGCGCGGCCCGCCGUUCCUUUUGGAGCCAUCGCCGCGGGGACUGCAGGUGUCUCCGCGAAUCCAUUUGCCGACACCGCCGACACCACCGACACCGCCGACCUCAUUGGCGAGAUCACACUUCAAAUGAAGAACCUCUCCACCGUCAUGUUCGCUCUUUAUGCCCGCAAUGACUUUGACUUCUUUACCAAACUUGUCGACAUUUUCGAUGAGUUAGACGACCUCCGCGUCAACCUGACUCAUGGUUUACUUACCCGCUUUGAAGAGGGCCUAGCCCGAAAGAACCUCAUAUUAUUAUUCAACCGAAUCGCCAAGCUUAUGGCGUCAAGCGGCGGUAAAAUCAACCGCGGCGAUCGAAAAACGAGUGCACGGUCGGGCGACUCGUCGGGAAAUGCUUCAAUCUUGAGUCGUGAUGAGAAGACCGCCGAGUUGUUUGAUCAAAGCGCGACGGGUUCCCCCGCCGGUACCUCCGCCGCCAAUGAAAACCCCGCCAGAACCCCCGCUGGUACCCCCGCCAGUACCCCGGCAAAGAUCGCCCAGAAUCAACUCCUCGGCGCCCUCUCCCCCAACUACCCGCUUCUUAGCCACGCGAUCUCGUUCGUCCCCGAAAGGAACCGCAAGUUUUCCGCCAUCCCCGCCUCCAACAUCCUCAUCGAUUUUAAAGAAGUCUCGGGCUCCUCCGCCGUGGUCCCGAAAGGCUAUGACGGGAUGACCGCCUUGAUGUAUUUGCGGACCGCCAAGCGGCGGCUAACCCAGGCAUUCUCCAUCACCAUCAAUCCCGACCAGGAGGUGUUUUUAGACAACUUAAGCGCUGCCUUGUUCACAAACCUUCCUGCCUCCGAAUUGGUGUCGGGGAAGAUCUACUUAGUGGCUAUUCUGACAGAGCGCAUCCGCUUGGCCGCCAACAAAAAAAAAGACCCCGCCGCUCUAAAGUCGAUUCGGAAGGGAAUUUGCGCCGGUGUCGCCGACAUCUCUCGUGUUUUCUCCCGCAAAAAGGGCCACUUGGCGUCGGGAGAAGCGCACCGCUUUGUCAUUAAGCUCUUCAGCUCGUACAUGAUCGGCGGAAAAGGUCAGCCGCAGGACAUCUCCGCGCUUUAUCCAGGAAUCAACCAGAAAAUGGCAAUGUCUAUGGCAAUGGCCAACUCCGGUUGGGGAGAAUUGGUUGAUCGGAUUAUCAGCGGCUCCGACAAGGGUGUGGCGGUCAAUCCGCGGGCAGAGACGUUGAUCUUGUCGAUCAAGGAACUCAAGGAAGAGACGGUGGCUCAGGCCGACGCCGACACUGAUGCCGCCAGCGAUGACGCAAGUGAUGCCGACGCCGAUUCGGGAUUCUCCACUUUGUCAUCUCCGACAGCUCCACGGUUUGGCGCCGACGUUUCCGACGGUGCCAAUGCUGCUAUUCUUUGCCGCCUAUUCAACCGCUACCGCGACCACUGCCGCCAGGCGGGACUUCUCAAGCCAAAGCGCGCCUACACGCAGCUCUUCCCGAAUAGUUAUCCGUUUACCGAAUACACCAUGGACUCCAUCGUCAGCGACGAGUCGUUCGCCGAAGUCCUUGUCGAGUUUUCGGUUCUGAUCGCCUUCUCCGCCGAGAUCGCCCGCAGUUGUCGGGCCGACGUGCGGAAAUACUUGGCGGCGCCCGACACUUACGAGGCCGCUAUGGCCAAUUAUGCUCCGCUCAACGAGUUCUUGGGCCCACCAGGAAUUGCCUUGAACUCCGCUGAAGAGUUGCGGAGCUUCGUUGAGGCUCUUAGGGCCCAGGUCACUGCCGAACACUACCCAGGAACACGGUGGUUGUCACUACAGGCGAUGAUGGUUUACGCCGUGGAACAGAGUUUGGAGUUGGUGGAGCCGAUGAUGGAGGCCGCAGCCAAUGGUGACUCCGCCGAUGGAGAUUCCGCCGACGGGGACUCUGCCGACUUUGAUGGAGGCUCUUCCGCCGCGAGCGCCGCCGUCUCAGUCUCAGCCUCCGCCUCCGCAGACCUUCUAUCAGGCCUAAACCUCCGCAUCUCGGUCUCCGCCAUUACCUCCGCCGCACAGUUUAUAAGCACGCUUCUUGUCACCGCGACUUCGCAGCCCGCCUCCUUGGAGCACCUCGCCGCCAUUCCCCGAAAAGGAUGUUUCAAACUUACAGGAGACUUGCGGACUCCCGCCGCUGACUUGGUGGCCAAGCUAUGGGACUCGCUUGGUGAUCCCGCCUCUCCCGAAGAUUUUCAGCGGUUCCAAAUCAACCGCUUUGCAGGUCGACAGAGAGAUAUCGUCGGUUACAGUGGCUCCUCGCUGUUGGCGGAUCUCUUCCUUUUCUGUAUGCAGCGGAAUGCGCGGUGCAGAGACGUCGGAGCGGCGGUGUUCUGGUCGAUCAUCGCGGGGGAAAUCGCGGAGUCGGACUCGCUCUUCGCUCUCGAACAGCAGUGUAUUUCCGCGCUCUACGACGUGUUUGAAAAGCGGGCCGCCAAUAAGUACAGACCUGAGGCGGCCGAAAUCAAAGCAUUUGUUACCGAAUUACGGCGGGCCGCCAACAAGCUGGACGUGGAAGACGUUUCGGAGUCGACGGUGUCGGAGUUCACAGAAACUAUCGCCUCUUAUUUGGACACCCUUGCCGGACUACAAUCCAUCCCCGACGGCGCAGAGUUUGAUGAUGACCGAACCUUCUACAAGCUCAAGAUUUCCGGCUACUUGCUGGACGUUGAUCGGCCUGAACUCUUCCAAUCAUUCGUCGCCGACAUGUACGAGUCCAACCUGGGCAAGGAGAACUAUACCCAGGCGGCGUUGUCGCUCCAGUUGUUGGCCGACACCUAUGAUUGGGAUACCGCCGCCUACUUACCGCCAAGCGACAAUCCUCCGUUUCCCCGCCAAACAAUGUUCCGCCGAAAAGCGGAGCUCUACAGAAUCAUCUCCGCCCAGUUCGCCCGCGGAAACCGUCUGGAACAGGCGGUGGCGGUCUACAAGGAUUUGGUAUCCGCCUAUGAGCGCUACAACUACGAUUUACAGGGACUCAGCUACAGCCACGGAGAACUCUCUCAUCUCUAUGCCGCCAUGCAGACCACCGACUCCUUGGACCCCACAUUCUUCAAGAUCUCCUUUAUCGGCUUUGGAUUUCCCGAGUCGAUCCGCGGUAAGCAGUUUAUCUAUGAGGGCCUUCCCUACGAGCAUAUCACAUCUAUCAAUCACCGCUUGAUUCGCUUGUAUCCGGGAUCGCGGAUCAUCAGCAACGAUGAAGAGGCCGCCAAGUUGCUGGGUGAUACUCCUUUCGGAAGGUACCUUCAUGUCAAGACGGUGCAGAAGAAGCGAGCCGCUGCCCUAGGAGGCUCUGCCGCCGCAAUUGCUGCCGCGGUUACCACCAAUGGGGCUGCCACCGUUGCCGCCACGACCGGCGCAAGAACCACCGCGACCGCGACCGCCGGCGCUGCCGCCACCUCCCGCCUAGAUGCGUUCGUGGUGGUCCGCCGUCUCCCAGGAAGCAGCUCUGCCACAACUCUAUGGACAGAAGAGGCUACCUACGUCACCUACAUGACCUUCCCGACUCUCAUGAAUCGGUCGGAGAUCCAGCGGACCGCGGUGGUCAAACUCUCGCCCGUGAAAAAUGCCAUCCGGCAGCUCCUCAAGCAGCACGACGAAUUGGUCGGCCUUGAGGCUCUCAUCCAUCAAAACCUCCGCGACAACGUAUCGUUGCCAUCGAUCGCAUCCAGCGCAUUGUUCGGCAACCUAUCCAGAGUCCUUGCGGGAACCGUUGACUCACCCGUCAACGGCGGCAUGGGCCAGUACCGCGUCUUCUCAGACAAAUCGUGCGAGGUCGAAAUGGCCGCCGCCAACGAUGAGCCUCUUCCCGAAUAUCAAACCGAUUCGCGGGAUCUCAAGCAAUGCUUGAACGGUCUGGUCGGCCUUUUAUGCCGCCUUUUGAAAUUGCAUGGUCUCAUAGUGCCCGAAGGCCUUCUUUCUCAGCAUCAGGCAAUGCUAGAGUUGUUCGGAGACAACUUCCGCUCGGAAAUCAAGGAGCUGCGCCUAGAUAUGACCACUCCGCUCGACUACGAUAUCUUGAUGCAAUCCUUAACCAGCACCGCGUUCAAUUCUGCCAAAAAGUACUCCACUGCCAAGACUAAUAUCCUUCGCUUGUUUUCCAUCACUCUUCUUUCAGCCAAGCACGUGACCUUGUCUAUCAAUGCUUUUGCCGGAAAAGUCUUUGCAUACGCCUUUUUUCGUCUUCCUGACAUUUCGCAUGGUCUUACAUUUCUCCUAAACACAAAAAUAAGUCAUUAUCGUUUGAUCUAUGAUAUCUGUGCCAAUAAUAAACUCCCUAUCAAAACUUCUCAAUCACGUGAUUCGAUUGAACACGAUUCGAAGGCACAUGACCAAGCCACACGUGAUACAAACUCUUACUUUGCUGCUCUAGAUCAACUGAUACCGAUUUUCCCCCCAUAUCUUCAGGAGUUAAUGACCAACGAACCUCGAAAGACUCGUUUUAAGAUUGAGAAAGACUUUCUCAACUCUAUUAAUCCUCCUCAACAGAAGAUCAAGGGUAUUAAUGAGACCCGUGGUCCCUGGUGUCGUCGUUGGGCUUCUUUGGACAAUAUAGAUCUUUUCUGCUCUUUUAUGAGACACUAUUUAAUCGCCGUGGCUCAGUAUUUGGCUGACAAAAACCCUUCUUUUGAUAUCUCUGAGAAUCAAGUCUUCGCAUUACCCGGCUUUAUGUGUCUUCUGACCCAUAUUUACGAAAUUGCCAACUUCCAGAUUCAUCAGAAAUUAAUACAAAAGAAGCAGGAACGACAACAAAGCUUGGCUAAUGCCAAUGCCACAAUCCCGGGAGGAAUCGCUUCCGCCGGCACUUCACCAAAUGCCUCAGCCACAAAUACACCGCCACAGACACCUCAGCCACAAACACUUCAGCCACACAUACCUCCAGGAACCGGUUAUACAGCCACUGACAAACUUUCCCGGAUGCUUAGGGACUUUCUAGUGAAUCCACGGGGACCAGCAGAGCCACUGCUUAUUCGAGGAGUCAUUAAAUCAUUCGAGAAUGUUCUCAAGCUUUUGGUGUGCCAAACUCGCAUAUUGGAGACGUUCAUGGUGGACCAAGUAUUUUCUCUAUUUAUCGACCUCGUGAAGAAUGUUCAAGACCAUGAUUCAUGCAUUGACUGGCAAUUCUGGAUUGAUGUAUGGAUGAAGUUACUUCAUUCCCGUAGUAUUGCUUUGGAACUUCGAGCAUUGUCCAUUUUAUACCAGUGUUGGGAUUCGAUACCAGAGGUCACGUGUGACAACACACAUGAUAUUAUAUCACGUGAUCACGUCUAUUUGAAAUCAUCUCUUGGGCUGGAACUAGUUUCUGGGGAACUAUUUUCGAGGUUUUUUGGGCACUAUCUUUCUCUUGUUCGAUGCUAUUACAUUAGAUUUGUGGUGUGGAAGGUGCUUGGUGUUGAUUCUCUUGAUAUAUCGACAAAGACGUUAUUUAACCGUAGUAAGCUAGUUGAGAUGAUGAAUAAUGAGCUUGAGAGGACAUACCAACUCACCAAGGAAGUCCAUUUUAAACCUACAGAUCCACUUGCAACCAAAAGGAUGGUCAUUAAGGCUACAGAGGCUACAAGUAAUGGCAAAAAGGAGAUUGUACGGAUGUUACCGUAUGAAAUCCUUGAUGAUGCUGCUUAUUCGUGUGCCAAUUUGGCUCUACAGGAUGUUGAGAGCGAGAGCAGUGAGAGCAUUGAGAACGCCGGAAAUAUCGACGAGUCAACAGUGUCUCUUCCAGAAUCAUCCAGGUCGAGUCUGGCGUCGAUUGGCACUCUUAAGAACUCCUCAAAGACAUCCCAGUUGACACCAGCAUGCUCCCAGUCCAAACUGUCAUUGAGACUUGCUCCUAGCUGGAUGAGUAAGCUUUUUGGGCACAAGAAGAAGGAGGGAUUAGUAGAAAAGAGGCGUUCUGAAGUGCCUAGAAAGCCUACUGUGCCACGCCACACAGGGCCACGAAUUCCUCGGUCGACGUCAACUCCUCUUCUUCAUAGAAUUGCCGAGGAUGACUUUGAGACUCUCUUACAUUCGCCUCCUCGGAUAUCGAGCUCUGCAAGCUCUUCCCCUUCAACCUCUACCAAGUCAUCUUCACCUUCUUUACUGUCAUCGAUGAACUCCACAUCGUCGUCACAGUCAUCCCUGUCUUCUCUAGAUUACUUGGACCAAUUUACUUCUUCUAGGAAGUUCAUUAUGUCUGUUCAACGUCUUCAGAACGAUAAGAAGACACACAGCCUCAAGUUUGUUCCACCAGAGUUCAAUUUCGAGUCAACAGAAGUGUCAAAAGCUCCUUAUCGGUUCCAAUUGGUGACCAAUGAUGCCAAAUUAAUAGCCAAGUUUCAGUCGUUGCACGAUUUGAACACUUUACAUUGUAGACCUUUCCUUAAGGACUCAACCUUUGUAUGCAACAGUCAUCCAAGGUUACCCAAAGUGAAUGUAGGCUCGGAAAUGGACUUAGAAAUCGACUCUGUCGACAUUAAUCUCGAUGUUGACGUGGAUAUUGACAUCGACGUAAGAGCAGACAAUCUUCCUCAUUUACAGACAGCAAUUAAAUUUGGUGGUUCUGACAAUCGAGCUGCUACUCCAGAUUCUGCCAUCUAUUUCUCCGCUAGAAGUAGCCCCAACAUGGCUGAAACAAGCAGAACAGACCUCGUCGACUCUGAUACUGUCCUUCAUUCAUCCUCCCAAUUCGCCAAUGCAAUUUACGAGUUCAACUUCUGCGUUUCCGAGUUUGAGAGAUUCAUAUAUAAUCGUUUGGCUGAGUCACAUUAUGAAGAUAUGGUUGAUAAGUUGAAAGAAGAGAUUCCUAAUUUAUCGGUGGAAGAUAUUGAUGGGUAUUAG